AUGAAUCUCGAAGAAGAGACUAAGAUUUUGAAAAGCUGCCAGGCUCGAGUGCAAGAGUCGUCGGUAUCCUUUGAGGAUCAUGAUGAAAGCCUAGGAUCGAUACCAGAUAAUGUUCCCAACGGAGGACGCAAUGCCUGGAUGCAGGUCAUGGGUGCCUUUGUUCUUACACAAAAUACAUGGGGCCUUGUGAUGACUCAUGGAGCUUUCCAAGCAAGCUAUUCUAAAACUGUCCUACAAACUACAACCCCAUCAGCCCUUUCAUGGAUUGGCUCAGUUCAAGCCUUCCUUAUCCUCUUCGUUGGGCUUUUCUCUAGCAAGGCAGUCAACUCGAAUCAUUUCUAUCAUGUUACAGGGGCAGGACUGCUAUUGCAGAUUAUAGGUCUUGCCAUGACCUCCCUUAGCAUGGAGUACUACCAGUUUUUCUUAGCCGAAGGGGUGUGCGUAGGUAUCGGAUCCGGCAUGCUAUUUGCACCCGGAAUUACACUUGCAGCAUCCUACUUUUCAACAAAACGUCCCUUGGCUAUUGCCGUUGUUACUUCUGGGGCUGCUACAGGUGGCAUUGUUUUCCCAAUAGUAAGCUACUGGCUUAUUGUUGCUGUCGGUUUCCAAUGGGCUGUGCGGAUAAUUACAUCCCUUGUGCUCCUAGCUUCGGGCACGACUCUCUACACUCUCCGACCAUACCGUUCUUCAAUUUCCCGAAAAGAAGAGCCAUAUAUCAGCCUUAGUGGGUUCAAAGAUGCCAGCCACUGUACUUUUGUGGUUGGAGCAACUUUGGGGCUCAUCGGCGGCUUUAUUCCAUUCUUCUACAUCCCAGUAUAUGGUCUUGCUCUGGGUUUAAGGGUCGAACUAGCCAGCUACUUCCUAAGUGCAAUGAAUGUGGCAGCCCUGAUAGGGGGCUUUGCUCUGACAAUUCUGGCUUCUAGGGUUGGAAAUCUAAACACGGCCAUUUUAUUCACAAAUGUCAGCGGAAUUAUCUUGUUUUCUCUGGUACUCGCGCAAGAUCCGGUGGGGGUCAUUAUAGGAUCUUUAUUCUAUGCUCUAGUAGCUGGUUAUCAGUUAGUACUCCUAUUCUCAGCGGUAGCAUCCAUCACUAUCGACACCAGCCCAAGAUGUAGCCAGGGCCGUGUAGGCAUUAUCCUUGGCUCCCUUGGUGUCUUGGUUGGCACUCCUAUUGCUGGUGGUAUUGUAUUCAAUCAUAACAGCAACGCACACUCCAUGGAUCCCCGGGACUGGAACUUUACUUUGGCCUUACUCUUGUCCGCAGCACUCACUUUCAUGUGCGGUGCACUGAUGACCGUCACCCGCAUUCUCAAAAGUGGUUUCCGAUGGGAGAGAAUUUAA